AUCACCGAGCCAAUCUUUGAGUCCACCGAAAAACGUUGAUCGAGUGCCCACACAUACUCUCAACAUGGAAUCUCCUCAAGCCAACACUUCUGCCUCGCAAACGCCAGGCACUGCUAAGAGCAAGGCCGGCAAGCUGAAGACAUACGCAAAACGCGGCGGCUCGGCCUCCAAGCCAAUGAGAAGCAGCGCACGCAUUCGUGCCGCUUCCGAGGAUUUGAUCGAACAGCAGACUCCUGCACGCCCUAGCAUUCCACAGACCAUCGACGAGACUCCGGUACAAGCAAAGGCUGCCAGGAAGACUCGAAAGCGCAAGGCUGACGCUGCCGCCGCCGCAUCGCCUACCGACGAAGCCAUGGCCGAAGCCGCUGUUGAGCAAGUGGCUGAGCAACCUGCCAAAACCCGCAAGCGUCGCUCGAAGAAGCAGUCUGACAUUCAACCCGAGGAGGAACAGGAGGUCGAAGUUCCCGAAACACAGGACGAGCCCAGCGAGGAGCAACCUGAAGAACAACCAGAGGAUCACCCCGCUGAGCCGGAGGAGCCACGCGACGACGUUAUCGAGGAUGAAGCUGAGGCCGAGGCCGGAGCUGUAGAUGCAGAGCCCGAGGAACCCGAGGACGCUACCGAGAACGACAUCAGCCAAUUCGAAGUACCACCGGACUCGGACAAUGAGGAACAACAAGCUCAAUCCUCAUCAGCAAAACCAAAGACGAAACGCAAGCGCCAGUCGACCGAGAACGGAUCACCUGCACCAUCAGUCAAGCGCGUCAAGAGAGCUUCGAUGCCACGAGGAGCUGCCGGCGACUACCCUGAACAAGGCCCUUUCACACCCGUGGAGUGCGAUCUAAUUGAACAACACUUGGUCGAGUUCAUGCGCGACAACAGCAAGACUCGCGACGAGCUGGUAGCCAUGAUCCAAAAUUCAUCACGCGAAAUGAGCAAAAUCUAUGUCGACCUCGCUACCGACGUGCUGCCCCACCGCAAUCGCCGUGCUGUGCAACGCUACUGCCGCCGUCAUUACAACAACUUCCAACGCGGCCGCUGGACCGACGAACAAGACGAGCUCCUCCGCACUGCCUACGCUGAAAACCCCAACAAAUGGGUCAAGAUUGGCGAGCGUGUCGGCCGCAUGCCCGAAGACUGUCGCGACCGCUGGCGCAACCACGUCUCCCUCGACCAACGCCACACCGAUGUCUGGACCCAAGACGAAGAACACCGCCUCGCCACCGCCGUGCGCGAUUGCCUCCGCUCUGUCGAAGCCAACAUGGAAGCAAAGCUCGACCGUUCCGUCGAAGACGACUACAUCGCCUGGGGCGUCGUCGUCAACAAGAUGAACGGCUCACGCAACCGUCUCCAGUGCAGUAUGAAAUGGCGCAAGAUCAAACAACGCGUCAUCCGCGAAGAAGCUGCCCAACGCGAACGCGAAGCCGCCAUCGAAAGAGGAGAAAUCGAACCGGACAAUGAAGAAUUCGACGACGGCAUGACAUCCCCUCACACCACCACUCGCUGGAAAGCCGAAGCCGCACGCCGCUUUGACGAAAUGACCGUCGGCGACAUGUUGGACGUGACACGCGAAACACUCUACGGUGCACAGAUGGGCGCUUUCGCGAGCAAAAACACCUUUUGGGCCGUCGUCACCCGUCUCCACGCCGGAUCCCCUUGGACAACCGCAGACAGAAAAAUGGUGUAUAAACGCCUCAAGGCAAACGUGCCCGACCUCCAAGACUUCAGAGGUAACUUGGAAGCACAGGUUGAAUGGCUAGAAGCGUCCUUCGAACCCGGCGCGCUGGCCGAGCGCACGGCACCCAAACACCGAGCCAGCCAUGGAGGAAGAAGAAGCAACGGUGGUGUUUUCCGCAGUGAAGAAAAAGUGCAAGAGUCUGAUGAAGAGGGAGAUUUGACCAUGCCUUCUGUGGGUGUAGAGCAGCAGAUUGAUGAGGAGAUGGCUGAUGCUGUUGGCGGAGGUGAUGUUGAUGCAGAGGAUGGCGAUGUCGAGAAUCAAGAACAAGAGGAGGUGGAAUUGAAUGGUAAUGGUAAUGGAUAUGCUGAGGAGGAGGUACCGCAGAGUCCACACGUCAGCGAGUCGGAGCAUGACGAGGCAGAUUACAACUAAUCAGCCCUGUCUUGUGUAAAGCAGAGCUGUUCGAACCGUCCACUGCCGGAAGCUAGCCAGCUUUGUCAUUGCCAUCAAGAACAAGAACAAGAAGAAGAAGAUGAAGAAGGGGAGAAACAGCGCAUCCCCAUUCCAAGGCAGCAGGGCCAUGAGCUUUACUGUCUUUUUUGUCAUUACUUGUUUUGUUGCUUUAUCGCUUUUUUUUUUCUUGAUAUCCAAAGGUUCAAUUCGCAUUUGAAGUUUUCAAUAUCACUUAACCUCCAAUCUCUGUAUCCCAAAAUAAGCAGUAGAUAAGGAUAACUCUAGUAUACAUCAGACGCCUUUUUGUUCUCUACUGUC